AGGAAGACGGCUGACGAGGAUGAAGAAGUAGAGAAGAGUAUUCAGGAUGAUUCGCGCGGGGAGAAGCGAAACUUUACCGUGACUUUCGGAAAUGUCUCCUACCGUUCGAUUCACGAUAGAAUAAUCAUCAGUGAUCGUGCGACAAUGGAUUUGAACGGGAGCUGAACAGAAUCCGCGUCCGCCCAAGGGAUAUUGCUUUCUAUGGUUUUAUUUCAACACGGUCGACGCCGAUCACUCACGCGUUCGCGAUGGAAAGCAGGAGCUGUAACAAUUUCAUAAGCUACGUGGGCCUCGAGGAACACGAAAUGCAGCCACUGGGUUCUAGUCGACGUAAUUCUUUAUCCGAGAAUAGUAUCAAGCUACUCCGCGGCGAGAUAAUGAUCACCAAAGCGCAGAGUGUUCUAAUGUUUUCACCUGUCAGUGAUCUCAAGCAAGGAAUCUCUGGUAAUCUAUCGGUCACGAAUUUCAAGCUCACUUUCAUCACAACAGAUGAUACGAAUGGAGACGAUGUGGUUCGUCAGCAGAAUCAUCUGUAUGGGUACAUGGAUACGUGUCUGUCAAAUAUCGAAGACAUUUAUAUAACUGUUGGUGAUAAGAAGAGAAGACUGGUACCUGGUAAUACCGUACCAUCGAAAGUGAAAGGGAUAUUUAUUAUUUGUAAAAACUUACGAACGUGGUCAUUUUCUUUUAAAUUUUCACCUAUCGGAGAUGGGAACAAUCUGUUGACAGCAUUAUUACAUCAUGCUUUUCCCAGCGGGCACAAUUUACUAUUCGCCUACGAUUACAGAGAACCUUAUUAUAGUAGUCUCGAUAAAGCUGUCCGCUUGUUUCGGGAUAUAUCAGAUUGGCAUAAUGAAUUAGACAGAACCAUACGUAACGAUAAACUUAGGAAAUAUUGGAGGCUGUCCAUGGUUAAUGUAGAUUUUAAGCUUUGUCGUAGUUUAUCACGAUAUAUAAUUGUACCGUCAUCCAUUACCGACAGUCAAUUAAUGGAAGCAAGUAAACACUUCCAAGGCAACCGUCCACCGAUUUGGUCGUGGUCAAGUGCACACGGUGCAGCAUUAGUAAAAAUGUCCGAGCUCUCGCCACUGAUCACUAACAGGAUGCAAGAGAACAUUAUGUUCGAGAAUGUUCGCAAGAGUCACCCUCAGAAAAUGCCACCAAUUGUUCUAGAAUUAAACAAAGACGUUGGCAUAAAGCUGAUAGCUGUAGCCUUCUCAAAAUUUGCUAAUCUUUGUUCCCCGGAGAACAUCAGGCAAUUCUGGCUACAGGAUAAUAAUUUUUAUUCAUUGGUGGAGAACACAAAGUGGUUGAAAUAUGUAUCGUACUGUUUGCAAAAAACUGUCGAGGCCUGCGGGCACCUUCACUCCGGAUUUUCUGUUAUUUUACAAGAAGGUGCCGGCACAGACGUCUGUUGCAUCGUAUCGAGCUUAGUCCAGUUGCUACUGGAUCCUUACUUUCGAACCAUCAAUGGAUUUCAGUCGCUCUUGCAAAAGGAAUGGGUCGCCGGUGGUCACCCGUUCUGUGAUAGGUUAGGUCAUAUCGCUAAAAGGAAAUCCGAGAAGUCUCCGUUAUUCCUUUUAUACCUGGACUGUGUCUGGCAACUGUGUCAGCAGUUCCCUGCGGAAUUCGAGUUCACGGAAACGUACCUGACGACGUUAUGGGACGCUGUCCACGUUACAAUUUUCGACACGUUUAUAUUUAAUUGCGAGAAAGAUCGGGUGGCGGCAGCUACGGAACCAAGUAACCCUCUGGUACUUCGGAGUGUUUGGGACUGGAGGGAACAGUUCAGCGAACAAGACAUUUUGUUGUUUUACAAUCCUCUUUACAACUCUCGAGAGACGGACACGGUGGAGAGGAACAUAAUAAAACCGUUGUACAAUAUAGCGAGCCUAGAGCUGUGGGCUCAGUGUUACUUCCGGUGGAUACCAGCUUUGGAGAUCCGUAAUGGCGGACAGAACCACAUAGACCUUUACGCGAGACUGCUAAGAAACGACGUGAACCAGUUAAGGAUGAAUCUAAAUGGGAACUGCGGCUCGCCGAUCGCAAAGUCGAACAGCUAUUCCGUUCAGAUGAAUAUCGACAGCUUUUAUCCGUUUUCAAAUAAAAAAACCGGGAAUGCAGUGAGCACACCUCUAAUGAACAGUUCGAUUUUAGCUACAGAGAGCCUGCUAGACGCCCAGUCUUUGAUCACUGCGUCCGACUGAUGUACAUAUCGCGAUAAUAUUUGUUCAAGACCCAUAGCUAUGUAGACGAUGUUUCAAAGUAUUAGGGAGUACAGAAAGAUUUCACGAGAUUUAGGGAAAUUUUGCGUCACACCCCCCAUUACCAGCUGUCGAUUCAUUGAAUCUCAAAGUGUUGAUACGAUAUCAGAAUUUCUUUACGUCUGACACUGGAUAAAAAUAAUACAAAACCAAAUGAAUUUCUCUGAUACGUAUCACGAAUGCUUUCCAUUCUCGCGAGGUAUUAAUGUACUACUCUAAAUCCUUCCGGUGCCAAUUUUAUACUAGCAUUUGCCCUGGAACUGCCGGCCAUGUCUCCGUGUAUUUAUACUGUAAAUACGAGUCGAAUCUUGGCGGAUUAUUUUAUAGCGGUUUUAUGCGUUUUAUAAGUUAUUACUGUCUUUCCAUUGCUUGGUUUUUUAGUUUACUUUUGAUUUGGCGCUGGAAAGAUCAGAGGCAUCUCGAGACGAGGACACGAAGUUUCCUUUUUUUGUAUGUUGCAUUGUAAAAUAGUGGAAUUAAGGAGAAUCGAU